AUGGUAUCUGGCUCGGCGCGCGGCCUGGCGGGGUCGGAAGCAGCCGCUGGCCUGUCCCUGUGCCCGCCCGCUGGCCGCGGGGAGUGUCGGCGUCUGGGCUGAGUCCGUCCGGGGCCGCGAUGGUUUAAAGGCCCCGGGCCAGCCCCGCAUCCGGCAGCAGCCAUGAACCUGCUGCCGGCCAACCCGCACGGCAACGGGCUGCUGUACGCCGGCUUCAACCAGGACCACGGAUGCUUUGCAUGUGGAAUGGAAAAUGGAUUCAGAGUUUAUAAUGCAGAUCCCCUCAAAGAAAAAGAGAAACAAGAAUUUCUAGAAGGAGGCGUUGGCCAUGUUGAAAUGUUGUUUCGGUGCAACUAUUUAGCAUUAGUUGGUGGAGGAAAAAAGCCAAAAUAUCCACCUAACAAAGUGAUGAUCUGGGAUGAUCUGAAAAAGAAGACAGUUAUUGAAAUAGAAUUUUCAACAGAAGUCAAAGCAGUUAAAUUGCGAAGAGAUAGAAUUGUGGUAGUUUUGGACUCCAUGAUUAAAGUUUUCACAUUCACACACAAUCCCCACCAGUUGCAUGUUUUUGAAACCUGCUACAACCCUAAAGGUCUCUGUGUCCUUUGUCCAAAUAGUAAUAAUUCCCUUCUUGCAUUCCCUGGAACACAUACUGGGCAUGUGCAGAUAGUGGAUCUGGCUAAUACAGAAAAGCCUCCUGUAGACAUACCAGCUCAUGAAGGAGUCUUGAGCUGUAUAGCUUUAAACCUGCAGGGAACAAGAAUUGCAACAGCAUCAGAAAAAGGGACUCUCAUAAGAAUAUUUGAUACUUCAUCGGGGCAUUUAAUCCAGGAGUUACGAAGAGGUUCACAAGCAGCUAAUAUCUACUGCAUUAACUUCAAUCAGGAUGCUUCCCUAAUUUGUGUAUCAAGUGACCAUGGCACAGUACAUAUUUUUGCUGCAGAAGACCCCAAAAGGAACAAGCAGUCUAGUUUGGCCUCCGCCAGCUUCCUCCCCAAAUACUUCAGUUCCAAAUGGAGCUUUUCCAAAUUCCAGGUUCCCUCAGGCUCUCCAUGCAUUUGUGCCUUUGGAACAGAGCCAAAUGCUGUCAUAGCAAUAUGUGCAGAUGGUAGCUACUACAAAUUCUUAUUCAACCAAAAAGGGGAAUGCUCGAGGGAUGUCUAUGCUCAGUUUCUAGAAAUGACUGAUGACAAGCUUUGACUAAACUGAGGAAGAAAGUGUUUUGGUCAAAGUACUGCCUUGGUUAUUCUGCUUCUUUAGAAGGACUGGGUAUGUAUGUCCAAUACUGAUCAAGAUGUGUAACCAACCUCAUUGAGAAGCUUGGCCCAACGUGAGCAGAACAAGCGCUGAUGUAGAGGACUUCUGCCUAUGUUAAACUCAUGCUAUUUUUUCAAUAUCAGAAAAAUUGGGUUUCUGUCAACUCUUCAGUCUUCAAGAAAUGGCUUUCAACAGCUUGUGCCUACAGGGUCUCUCUCGUUUUAGUUAAACUGUGAAAUUGGAGUGCAGAUGAGUGCCUGCCACAUGUCUGAGGUGUUUUGUACAAACUUCAGGCAAGGAUGUGAGAAUUUAUUUCAGGCAUCAUAUUACAUCACUUCCACUGAACCUCUGUGGGGGCAGGAAAUAACUGUAAAUACUAGGUAACUAGAAUAGUUAUACCAGCAGCUUGCCUUAGAACAGGAGGGAUUUAUUUCCCUUUUCACACACCUUAACAUGCAGAAGGAAGUAGAGGACACAAGUUGCUAUAAUAAACCCAAUCUGAACUGCACUUGCCCUCUGGCCUGGAGUGUGGUGCAGUUGUCUUGUGGCCAUAGAUUGAUAGUCAGUCAUGUACACACUGAUGUUCUUGGUUAAGUUGAAUUAACUAUCAGCACUAAUGUAAUUUUCAGUGGUGCCAAACUCUAUGUAUUAGACACACAGGCACAUUUAGGUACUGCUGAUGUGGUUAACCACUACUCAGCACAUGAAUUAAAUUGCAUAGGAUACUGUGGCAAGUGAAGUUCAUGUUUGAAGGGGAGGCUGCUGCUUCUAUAAUGAAACACAUCCAUUCUAGCUAAAAAUUUAAGUUGGUGUAACAGAUGCAUUGGAUUGCUUCUUAAAAUACCAACUCUGGGUUUCAACCAGAAGACUUUACAGGCCACUUAACACAUAGUUUAAAGUAGGUAAUGUGAAGUACACUGUGUGAUGACUCUAAAUCUGCAAAGCGUUUUUGAAGUGUUGCAUACUUUUACAUAUUGAAUAGUGUUUGCCUAGGUGCAGUUAGGUCAAAUAAAAUCACCUGACUUGCAUCCAUCUCUUCUCCCUCCCCCUCAUUUGAUUUUUUGGAAAUAAGGCAUAUACCAUUUUCUUUAAAAACAUGAAAUAGAACAAGUUCUCAAUUCCUAGCACUAAUUACAUGAGGCAUAUUCCUACAAUACCUCAGCUUUAAUUUCACAAAUGCUUCAAAGUUGAAGUCCUAGUUCACUCUUGAUUAUUUAGCUGAAAAUCAUCUAAAUUUGGCAAGUGUUAGUAUCUGGUAAUAAAAAGGACCAAGGACUAGCUUUUAUGCAGAUUGUGUGGUCAAGUUUGCAUGUUGCUUUUACGUGUAUUUAAUCAUUUGUUUUGCACACUUAUUUGUAAUGUUUCUUUUAAAUAAAUGACUAAUUUUGCUGUAUUCA